UAGGGUCAGGCUGCGACUGGAAACAAGUGACCCUGCGUACAAACUUGUCGACACGCUGCUUCUAGUUUGGAGCUUGUACAUUGAUGCUCUUGAGAAGAGCCAUCAUGUUUGGUCCUCAUGCUGUCGUUAGGACAGUGUUGUGGAGGUUUUAGCUACUUAGCUGGCGUUAAUGUUUAUACUCCGUCGUGGUAACACUAGGCGUGUUUUGCGGCUGUUUAACGCUAGCUAACAAGCUAAUGGGUACUUUGUUAGCUGGCUAGAAACUAAUUAGCUAAAUAGUUUACUAGCCAACCUAGGUAGGUAAAACUUUCCUGCGUAUGUGUAAAUAACGAAGUGUAAGUAGCUUUAUUUAAUUAUAUAAUCUUUCUUCACCAAAUACGCUUAUGCUUUGCCGGUUUAAUCUCAUAUUCUCUGACAAGCUAGCUAGCUAAAUUUUGAAACUGGCCUUGGUAACCAACUACAAUCACAAACGUUAUUAGUCUGACAACUAGCUUGCUAGGUUAGUUAUUUAAUCCCCGCACAUAUAUGUUACGUGUUAAUAGCUGCUAUUUUUGUAUGUAUGUAUGUAUGUAUGUAUGUAUGUAUGUAUGUAUGCAAGCUAACUAGUAUGCUACUAUUUUUCCUUCACUAUUAGCUACGUGGAAAAGUCUAACGAAUUUGCAGUUGUGUAAUAUAGUUGGAUAACGUCCUUAUGAAUUCUCUUUUACUGAUAUUUAGGUUUCGAGGUACAAUGGCGAAAAGAAGAAAACUCUCCAAUAUGGUGAUUGCAUGUGAGUGGGCUUCUUGUACUUUUAAAGGGGAACGUAUGGAAGAGCUCAGUGAUCACAUGUCUUUGCAUGUGAAGGAGCAUCUUGGUGAAGGAGACGCUUUGGAGGAGCUCGACGACUACCCGUGCCUGUGGCAGGGCUGUGAGUUCCUGGCUAUAGGCAGCCCUAGUGAGCUCCACGCCCAUGCCCAGUUCCACAUCUUCCACAGCAAACUGAAGUUCAUCGGCACCCAGCUGCUACAGUCGCAUCCUGAGCUACCCAGCUGUACUCAGGAGCUGCACAGUAACAACUUGGUUACUGACAUCUCGGAAGGGUUCGUGUGUCAGUGGGAACACUGUGAUAGCACGUUUAACAAUCCGGAGUGGUUCUACCGCCAUGCUGACAUGCAUGCACACUGCACAGAAUUGCAACCGCUACUAGAUCAACAGCAGGCUCUGUUCUGCAGCUGGAAAGGCUGUGACGCUUUCUUCAAGAUCAAGUACCGUCUGCGGGAGCACCUGCGCAGUCACACCCAGGAGCGUCUGGUGGCCUGCCCCACCUGUGGAUGCAUGUUCUCCAGCAACACCAAGUUCUUCGAUCAUAUCCAGAGACAAGCUGAACCUGAAGAGUCUUUGACGUGUGGGCAUUGUGAUAAAGGCUUCGCUAAUGAGAGGCUACUGAGAGAUCACGUUCGACAGCAUGUAAAUCACAUAAAGUGUCCCCUCUGUGACAUGACAUGCACGUCCCUGUCCACCCUGAAGAUUCACAUUAAGUUCCGCCACUGUGACGAGCGGCCCUUCCCCUGUGACUUCUGCGAGAGCAGCUUUAAGAACCAGCAUGACCUGCGCAAACACAUGGAGACCCACAAUGAAGGAGCUGCCUACCACUGCACAGUGGAGGGUUGUGGCUACUCCUCCCGCAUGGCUCACACCAUGAACCAGCACUACAAGAGAGUGCACGAGGGAAAUAUGGUGUCACGCUAUAAAUGUCAUCUUUGUGACAAGAACUUCUCGUGGUGUUACACGCUCACCCUACACCUGCGAAAGAAGCAUCAGCUCAAAUGGCCAUCUGGGCACUCCCGUUUUAGGUAUAAAGAGGACCAGGAUGGAUACCUGCGUCUGAACAUGGUUCGCUUCGAGACAGUAGAGGUUACGGAAGAACUGAUAAAGAACAUGGCGGAGAAACGCACCCCCCGCAAGGUGCCGGGCUCUAGCGUUCAGGCUAAGAGGCCUGCACUGCAGAUGGACAGUGCAAACACCACCUCUGCUGCCUCCUCCUCCACCGAGCUCCUGGAAGGAGCCGCCCCCACAAAGGAUGAUGCCGCCCCUGUGUAUUGUGUGCUCAGCCCAGUGAGCGAGGUGGGCAGGGAUCUGGAGGCAUUGCCAGGGGCGGAGUCGGAGGUGGACUCGGGUGCAGUUCAAGCUCUGGCUGCUGUGGCCAGAGGGCUGGGUAUGGACGUGGUGUGAGAGCCCUGCAUGACACACAAGACUCCACUCAGUGUGUCUCAGAUUUACACUGCACACGAUCUAGGAAAAUUUAGUGUUUACGGGAAAGGAACUGGGUGGGUUGUAUGAGGCUGUUAUAAAAAUAUUCCAUGUUUAGAUAAUGUGCAGAUUUGCACGUUCAUGUUUUAAAAUGAUCUCAGGUGUGUGUUGCUGAGUGACGAUCACCUGUGUGAUCAGAGCUGCCAGUGCUGUGACAUUACUUGAAUGUUGGUUGAAUUUUACAGAGGUUUGACUUGGUUUGUUAUUUAUAUUUGUAAACAAUUGUCUUGGUUUAGUCAAUAAUAAAAUAGCGAUCUAAUUAAUUUAAAAAUGAAUCAUGUUCUUAAUGAAAAUGUGCUUGCUAAACCAAUAAAUCAGUAAAGAGUGA